AUGCUCAGACGAAUCCCAGGCCCCACAGCACGAUCUGCCAGACAGCACCUCCAACCCCAGUCUCGCUUCAUCAAACAACGUUUUCAAUCCACCGCCUCCAAUGCGGCACCGGGUGGCAGUAAUCCUGCUCUAAUUGGUGGUCUUGCUGGUGGAGCUGUCGCCUUUGUGACGGGAUACACCUGGUACCAUUUCUCCGGAGCCAAGACGCUCGUGAAUACUAGCAAGCAGACACAAGCAUACAUCGAGCAGGCCAAGCAGAAAGUUGCUGAGAAGACCCCUGAGCCAAACGAAGCAUACCGCUGGUUGCGGGAUACGGUCAAAAGCUAUGCUGCCUUCAUCCCUGGCGCGCGUAGCUACGUCGACACCGCAUUUGACGACCUGGACAAGAUCAGAAAGGAUCACGGACAGGAAUUUGAUGAGGUGGUCAAGAAUGCAUAUACUGAGUUGAAUGCACUCCUCACGAAAGAGGGAUUGAACACAGACUCGGCGGCCAAGUCUUUGGGCGUGCUACAAAAAUAUGCAAAGCAAUUAUUCGACCUUGCUGGCGACGCGGCGGAGAACGUUCUCGACAAUCACCCUGAGAUCAAAGAGAAAGUCGGUGGUAGUUUUGAUCGUCUAAAGGAGAUGGGUGACACUUAUGGGCCCGAAGCGAAGGAAGAAGUUAAUCGAACCUGGCAACAAAUCUCCGGCAUCGUGCAGCGCGGCGCAAGUAUCGAGUCUGCCGACGAGAUCAAGAAUCUAAUUCAAGAGAAGAAGACCAAGCUUGAGAAGUUAGGAGAUGAGGCAUGGCAGAAAGGUUUCAAGGAGUCCCAGCAAUACCUUGAAAAGAGCCCCAAGCUCAAAAAAUUGGUUGAAGACAAUGCAGAUACCUUGAAAAAGGGUAGUUCCAAAGAUCUUUGGGGACUUGUCAAGGAGAGCGCUUCUUCUGGGAAGAUGGAGGAUGUGGAGAACUACAUCAAGGAGCAGGCUACUCAAGUGAAAAGCAACUUGGGCGAUUCGAGCGAUCUGGAUAACUGGUUGAAGAAAAUACCUGGUGGUUCCAACAUUCUUCCUCAGUUGAAUUCACUACAGGAGAUCGCGCAAAAGAGGGGCAGCGACGCGGAAAACGUCCUAAAAGAGACCUUCCAAGAAAUCCAGGAUGUUUUGAAGAAGCGAAAGGACCAGGUGGAGAAGAUCGCAGAGGAAGCCAAAGAAGAAAGCAAAUAA